GAGAUUUUCCGUUAAAAAGGGACGAAUCAAUGCAGAGAGUGAGCUUUGAAGUGACGGAUACAGAGGCGGAGAAGAGCAGCAGCGAGACAGUUCCACUGAGCGGAGCUUUGCCGUCGACCUUCAAAAAUCCGGCGAUGGAAAACGUUGGAAACGCGGCGGAUGAUGGACCGAGCGUGAAGAACAAUCCGAAACUGAAUGCGCAGAAACAGAACGGUCUGGUGGAGUUGCUCGCCUCAAUUUCGAACCAGCUCAUGAAGUGUUUGACAUUGGUCACUAGAGAGAGUAAGACACCUCGAUUGGACCGGUCGAAGUCAACGGCCGGUCAGGCCUUGAAAGGGCUCAAGCUCAUCAGUAAGACCGACGGCAACGCUGCCUGGACGGUCGUGGAGAAGCGGAUGGAUAAAGACGCCGAUGGUAGACUAACCGAAGAUGAAGUUAGAGAGAUCAUCAAUCUUAGUUCGUCUGCCAACCAUCUGUCAUGCAUCCAGAAAAAGGCAGAUGAAUAUGCAGCAAUGAUAAUGGAAGAGCUUGACCCUGAUCAUAUGGGAUACAUCAUGAUGGAGAGUCUUAAGAAAUUGCUUCUGCAAGCGGAAACAAAAUCUUUAAGCACAACUAAUAGUGAAGAUAGAAAGGAGCUGAGCGAUAUGCUAAGUGAGAGUCUUAAGCCUACGCGUGACCCUAACCAUUUGAGGAGAUGGUACCGUCAACUAAGAUUCUUCGUACUGGAUAGCUGGCAAAGAAUUUGGGUGAUAGCGUUAUGGCUCACGAUUAUGGCCAUCCUCUUUGCGUACAAGUAUAUUCAAUACAAGAAUAGAGCAGUGUAUGAAGUCUUGGGGCCUUGUGUGUGCUUGGCUAAAGGUGCAGCAGAGACGUUGAAGCUAAACAUGGCCUUAAUUCUGUUACCUGUAUGCAGAAAUACCAUCACAUGGCUUAGAAAUAAGACUAGCUGGUUAGGUGUUUUUGUCCCUUUUGAUGACAACCUCAAUUUUCAUAAGGUUAUAGCGGCGGGAAUUACGAUAGGAGUAGGCAUACACUCGGUGGCCCACUUGGCAUGUGAUUUUCCGCGGCUAAUCGCGGCAACUCCAGCGCAAUACAUGCCUCUCGGGAAAUUCUUCGGGGAGGAGCAACCAAAGAGAUACUUGCAUUUUGUGAAGUCAACAGAAGGAAUAACAGGGCUUGUAAUGGUUCUCUUGAUGGUUAUUGCUUUUACACUGGCUAUGCCUUGGUUUAGACGAGGGAAGCUAGAAAAAAAGCUUCCAGGGCCACUAAAGAAACUCGCGAGCUUCAACGCCUUCUGGUACACUCACCAUUUGUUUGUUAUAGUCUACAUUCUCCUUGUCCUUCACGGAUACUACUUGUAUCUCAGUAAGGAAUGGUACAAGAAAACGACGUGGAUGUACUUGGCAGUACCAGUAGCUCUCUAUGCAUACGAGAGAUUGAUACGAGCAUUCAGGUCCAGCAUCAGGACAGUAAAAGUUCUUAAGGUCGCGGCUUACCCUGGAAAAGUAUUGACUUUGCAAAUGUCAAAGCCUACAAACUUCAAAUACAAGAGCGGUCAAUACAUGUUUGUAAAUUGUCCAGCAGUCUCACCGUUUGAGUGGCAUCCAUUUUCAAUAACUUCUACACCACAAGAAGACUAUCUGAGUGUUCAUAUAAAAUCACUGGGAGAUUGGACAGAGGCUAUCCAAGGAGUUUUCUCCGAGGUGUCUAAGCCACCUCCGGUCGGAGAAAUGUUGCAUGGUGCAAAUAGUCCCGGUUUUCCCAAAAUUAUGAUUGAUGGUCCGUACGGCGCACCAGCUCAAGACUACAAGAAGUACGAGGUGGUUCUGCUGAUCGGUCUUGGCAUUGGAGCCACACCGAUGAUCAGCAUUAUCAAGGACAUUAUCAACAAUACGGAGACCAAGGAGCAGCUCAGCCAAAUGGAGAAGGGGUCGCCACAGGAGCAACAAGGUAAGAAAGAAACUUUCAAGACGCGAAGGGCUUACUUCUACUGGGUAACAAAGGAGCAGGGCACAUUUGAUUGGUUCAAGAACAUCAUGAACGAGAUAGCAGAACGGGACAAAAGUAAAGUCAUAGAACUACACAAUCAUUGCACUAGUGUCUACGAAGAAGGAGAUGUUCGUUCUGCGCUCAUACGGAUGCUUCAGUCUCUGAAUUAUGCCAAAAAUGGUUUAGACAUUGUUGCUGGGACAAGGGUCAUGUCCCAUUUCGCCAGACCUAAUUGGAAAAACGUUUACAAACAGAUUGCCAUGGAUCACCCUGGUGCUAAUGUUGGAGUGUUCUAUUGUGGAGCACCGGUAUUGACAAAGGAGUUAAGGCAUCUAGCUUUGGAAUUCACACACAAGACAAGUACUAGGUUCUCUUUCCACAAAGAGAACUUCUAAAGACAGUGAAGCUUAUACCCACAUUAAUGCUGAUAGAGUAUGAUGGCCAACAAAUUAUUGAAAUUAAU